AUGACUUACUGCCCACCCCAGGAUUGUUAUCCCGAUAUAUGCCCACGUCCAUGUAUUGACGUCCGCAACGAGCCGUGUAUCUCAUCAUGCGGAGAUUCGACUGCAGUGGUCUAUGCGCCACCAGUUGUUGUGAGAUUCCCGGGACCAACUAUGGCUACAUGUCCUCAAGACAGCUUCGUAGGAACCUCCUUACCAAAUUUGCCAAUUAGACCUGUGGGCUCAUAUGGUGGCUCACAUACUUAUGGGGGAGGUUAUGGUGGUGGUUAUGGGGGAGGUAACAGUGUUGUUGGUUAUGGUGGAGGAUUCGGAGGCUCAACUGGUUAUGGGGGAGUUUAUGGAGGUGGAGUCGGGGGUGGUUAUGGGGGUGGUUAUGGGGGUGGAGCCGGGGGUGUUUAUGGGGGUGGAGCCGGGGGUGGUUAUGGGGGUUGUUAUGGAGGCUCAUAUGGUUCUGGAGGUUCACGUGGUUAUAGCAAGAAGUCAUAUCGUAGCAUUUCUGGAGGAGGAUAUUCUGGAUUCAACCGUGGAAACUGUGGGCCAUGCUAA